AUGUCUAACGAAACCGACAGCGACAAUAUGGCGUACACGGAGUUUGGUCUAUACAAGGCAGGUAUUCUCAUCUGGAAGGUUGUACCACCAAUACUCAUCCUGGUUGGAACCAUCGGGAACAGUCUCUCAAUACUAGUCCUUACUCGUCGCUCCAUCCGGGUCUCCACUACGGCACUUUUCUUGACAGUUCUUGCGUGCUCGGACCUACUGGUGUUAUAUUCGGGCCUUCUGAGACAGUGGUUGAUUUACUUGUUUGACACUGACGUUCGACAUAUAAGUGAGGCGGGCUGUAAGAUUAGCAUGUGGUUGGUGUAUAGUUCUUUGGAUUUUUCAGCCUGGAUUCUUAUACUUGUGACAUUGGAAAGAGUAGUUUUGGCCUGGUUUCCUCAUCACGGUCGCAUAGUUAGCAACAGAAAAAGUGCAGUUGCAUGUCUGGCAGUAAUAUGUGGGUUUAUACUGGGUAUAAAUGCGCAUAUGCUGUACGGCAUGGUUUUCAAAAUAGAGUAUGAUUCCAAUAACAAUCCAUACCUGCACACGUGUACAGUAAUAGACGACGCCUACUACAGAUUUUUCAGCCAAGUUUGGCCGUGGAUUGAUUUAAGCGUCUUUUGUGUUGUUCCGUUUGCAGUCAUUGUAAUAGGAAACACAAUGAUAUUGUUUAAAGUACUGCAAAGCAAGAAGAAAACCAGGUCAUCGAUUAGGCCUAUGGGCUCAUUACCAAACUCUCAGACCAAGUACCAGAGCAACAAUAACGGGAAGAAGUCCUCAAUGACGGUAGUGUUGUUUACGCUUAACAUCGUUUUCAUCGUGACCACCUCACCAGUAAGCAUUUACAACAUUGGAUAUGCGUAUUGGGGAACGGACAUGUCCGACGCAAACACUGCCAAGUUAGAUUUCUGGUGGGCAGUUAAACAAGUGAACAAGAGAGUGAAUUCAGUUAUGAUGAACGAUGAGUACACAAAGGAAGAAACUCAGGUGAUCAGUAGAGCAGUUUGGUAA